UCGUCCCUGUUGGUGUUACCUGUAAUUUCUCCACUCUCCCACUCUCUUGCGACCGUCUCUCACACCAUGUCAUCGAGCUGUAUUGGGGCGAUGGUGCAUGGCGCAUGGCGUACGGAAGCCCUACCCCGGAAUCGAAUUCACGAUAUCGAAGCCCUCUAUAGCCUUUUUCCUUUUGGCAGUGGAAGAACAAAGUUUUUGCUACAGAUACGAUCUCGGAUCUUGGACCCUUGCUGUGCAAUUCUGCGUUCUCAGCCUGGGGUAGACCUGGGAAGAAGGCACUUAAAGGUAACACCCUCGAACCUGUUCCUGAAACUCCCCGCUGGACCUCAACCUCACUUCCAAGAACUCUUGAGUAAAGGUUUGCUUGAUAGGAAUAGCUUUCUCUAUCGAAGAUGCCUGGCGGAAUUCAUCCUCCGAUUGAAGCCGUGCUGUCGUGGCCAGUGCCACACUACGACGAACCGGUCACCCGUCCUAUGGUGUCGACCAUGCUGGCGUGUAUUCUGGGUCCGAUUAGUCUGUUUGUGGUGUUUGCGAGAUUGUGGGUUCGCGUGUAUAUGCAGCAUAAUCCUGAUCUGGAUGAUUGGGCGAUGCUGGCGGCCGUGCCGUUCAUCAUCGCUCUGACUAUCAUGCUUCCUCUGGGCUCAGACCGCUACGGCUUCAACCGCCACAUCUGGGACACACGCCCCCACUACUUCGUCAUCCAGCGCAAACUCAUCCUCGCAAUCGAAACAACCUUCUGCAUCGGCGCCGGUCUCAUCAAAAUCUCGAUCCUCCUCUUCUACCGCCGCCUCUCCUCCCGCGCAGUCUCGACCCCUUUCAAAUGGACAACCUGGAUCAGCAUCGUCUUCAUCGCAGCCUACUCCCUCGCCUUCUCGCUCGUGCCCAUCUUCGGCUGCAACCCCAUCUCCGCGUUCUGGAAUCAAGUCAACAUCGUCUACCAAUUCGACAAAAACUACACGUACACGUGUUUCGACGAAGCCGCGGAUGUCGUUACAGCGAGCGCCAUCUCCACUGCGCAAGACCUGCUCACCGCUGUCCUGCCUACGUUUAUCUACUGGCACCUCCAGAUCCCCGUGCGCCAGAAAAUCGCACUCUCAUUCCUCUUUGCGAUCGCAUAUGGCGUCGUCGCGCUAGGCGCGAUGAGGUUGUACGCUACGUGGCGCAUUUUCUACGACUCGUACGAUGUUACGUGGGUGGGGUGGGAACUCUGGAUCUGGACGCUGCUCGAGUUACACGUCGGCGUGAUAUGUGCGAACGCGCCGGCUUUGAAAGCGUUUUUUAGACAGUUCUUCAAGGUUCCCAAGUCACUUGCUCCUUCGUCCGCACCAUGGCGAUCCACCAACGAUCCAAUGACGACGAGUGGUGGCAGGUCGUCCGUGGCGUCGACGGUGCUGUUCUGGAAGAAAGCUUGUAGAGCUGAGAAAGGGUACAUCUCGGAUCCAUAUAACCACACCACCACCGUCGACCAACACGGAAGAGUGCGGAUCAAAAAGGAAACCCGCAUCUCGCAGUCCUUCACUGUCCACGGCGUGAUCCCAGACACGGCCAGCAUCGACGAUGCCACGCAACUCGCAGACACAGACUUCGAGAUGGGAAUCUUACGCGGAGGUACUCCUCCACGGUCCUCUCAGGCAUCCACCUCAACUUCCCUAUCCCUCCUCUCCUCUUCGUUUCCGAGUGUAGAAGACGAUUUAUACGCAUUACCACCUAUGUCAUCGUCUUCGCCGUCGUCGACGAUGCCUCGUCACCACCACCAACAUACCCCCUCGCAUAUAGCAAACUGGAGGGCCUUCGCACCCAGGACACCAUCUCCAGUAGCCAGACGAGCGCAGAACACAUUAAAGCUUUUCCCCGCGAAUAACGAUCAAGGGUUACGUGGUGACGCGCCGGAUUGGCGGAGUUGGUCUGGAGGCUCGGACUUGCGUCAUCGAUGA